AUGGAUCUGCAGAAUUCUGAACCACCAUAUAGCAUUUUUGACAAGCGCCAGAAAUGGCUGAUCAUUGUCAUCGUCUCCACCGCCGCAACAUUCUCCGGCUUCGCAUCCAACAUCUACUUUCCAGCUUUACCGACGAUUGCCAACGACCUCAACGUCUCUCUCGAACUAGUCAACCUCACAGUGACCACGUAUCUAAUCUUCCAAGGCCUCGCGCCCAGUCUUUGGGGUCCUGUGUCUGACGUCAAAGGCCGUCGAACCGCAUACAUCGGCACCUUCAUCGUCUUUGUUGGCGCAUGCAUCGGGCUCGCCGAGACCAAGAACUACGCUACACUAAUUGUGCUGCGAUGUCUCCAGAGCACAGGCAGCGCCAGUACCAUCGCCAUCGGUUCCGGCGUUAUCGGCGACAUCACCACCCGCGCUGAACGAGGCGGGUACAUGGGCAUCUUCCAGGCUGGCCUGCUGGUGCCCGUUGCCGUGGGGCCAGUCAUUGGCGGCGCAAUCGCUGGAUCCUUGGGAUGGAAGGCCAUAUUUUGGUUUCUGACCAUCUACGGCGGCGUUUUCCUGUGCCUGCUGAUUCUGCUUCUGCCAGAAACGCUAAGGUCCAAGGUUGCGAAUGGUAGCUGCACACCAGCGAGCCUGGUCACCAAGCACCCGCUUGUAGUCUAUCAACGGACGACGAAGCUCGAAUGGCAGCAUGCGCCGGUCAGCCAGCCUGCAGGAACAAAGAAGAUUGACCUCCUCGGUCCCCUGCGCAUGCUUCUCACUAAGUCUGCCGCUCCGAUCAUCGUCUUCCUGGCUGUAUAUUACGCCGUCUGGCAGAUGAGCAUCACGGCCAUGUCCUCCCUCUUCAAGAGCCGGUACGGCCUAUCCGAGAUCCAGAUUGGACUCACAUUCAUCGCGAACGGAGUCGGCUCGAUGGUCGGCACCUUGAUCACGGGGAAGAUUUUGGAUGCGGACUACCGGCGCGUCAAGACCAGAUUCGACGCGUCGUUUGAAUCGGACCCCGAACAGUCAAACCCCCAGACUCAGUCCGAAAGAGAAGAGAACUUCCCCCUUGAGAAAGCUCGGCUCCGCCUAAUCCCCAUUUUCUCCUUUGCCCAAUGCCUCUCGAUCCUCCUGUUUGGCUGGACAAUCCAAUACGCGGAUAAAGUGCACAUCGCCGUCCCCAUCGUCUCAACAUUCAUCACGGGGUGGACGGCUGUCUCGACCCAGAGCCUGAUCAUGACUUACCUCGUCGACCUGUUUCCCGACCGCAGUGCAGCGGCCAGUGCUAGCUUGAAUCUGGCUCGGUGUCUGUUUGCGGCCGGCGGGACGAGUUUUGUUAUGCCGAUGAUCAAUGGUGUGGGUGUUGGCGUUGCCUUCACCAUUUGUAUUGCUGUGCAGAUUGUUGCCUUGGUUGGUCCGUGGGUCCAGUGGACGUUUGCGGCGGGUUGGAGGAGGAAGGAGAGAGAGAAAGCAAGAGCUCAGGCGGCUGACGAUGCGAAGCAGUAA